CCUUUUUUCUCUGUUCUUGACAUUACAUUUCUCGGCUUCCUGCUGUUAGACAUUCUCAUGUUACUGUGACAGGUUUUUUGAGAAGUCCAAGGCUUGGCCCAUCUGCCUUGAAGUCUUUUCAGGCGGAUUCCACCUGAGAAACGUACUGUUGGAUAGUGCUUGCUGGAUACCAUGGGGAGAUAACUUUUUCCCCCCCUGAAAGUAUGUUUCAAAGGCAGUGGACACAGUCUGAAUCUAUGAAAUAACCUGAAAUUGUCAUCAUUUUUCCCUCCUUUUUAAAAAUUCUGUGCCAGAAGAAGUGAGUUCAGAAGGAGACUUGCUGCCAUUUUCAGUAUGAAAGAAAUGGGUAGGAGGUAAUUUUCUGUGUGGUCUUUAGGGUGCCUGCCACAAUCAUGGAUGCUCUGUAAACCCAACUUGAUGAUUUUGCGUAGGGUUAAAUCCAUAUUACUUCCUCUAGAAGUUAAGAGUAUGCGCCUUCAGAAGGAAUUUGAUACCCCCUGUGUUGGUAAUCUACAAGAAGAUGCCUCCAGGCAUGCUUAGAGUUUGUGAAGAUACCGUUGGGUAAGGUGCACUGAGAAGUUACCCUGGAAGGAGUGAAGCUGCUACUGCCUGCACCUCUGACCUAAGUCUUUUGACCUCGUUCUUUCGGCUGAGGCCUAUGAAGUCCUUUGAUCUGACUGGUUCAGCUUAGGUCACUGGUGCAGUUAACUUGAAUAAGCUGCUUGGUCUGCUUGGCAAGUUCUGUGUUGUUUGAGGAUAGGUAAACAGACGGGUCCUCUGGCUGGAUUUGCAUUUAGGAUUCACUCAGGCUGGUGGUCCUCAAACGGAUGGGCUUCAGAAUCAUCUGAGAAACUUGGCUGACAUAACGUGUUUCUAAAGUCCAUCUCCAGAAAUUCUGAGUUGGAAGACUGAAAAUCUUACUGUGUACCUCAGGUGACCCGGGUUUGAUGCAGCCCUCAGACUUGCACUUUGGCCUUACGUAUGUGCCUGCAAGUUCAAGUCUAAUUCUGACAGGGGGGAACAUCAGGUUUGAGUCCUUGCAGGCCCUCUUAGCUUUGUGACUUCUGAGUUAAUGGAUCUCUCUUGUUCUGACCUGCACAAUGGGGAUGAUGAGGUUGGCCGAAAUGCCUCCCUCACCGGCCUCUUGUUGGGAUCAGAGUGAGCGGACAGAAAAAGCAGCCCCAACCUAGGAAAGCCCUACAUAGGUUCUUCAGCUCCAGCUCACAUUCUCUAGAAUUUUUAGAUGAGAAAAGCUUGGAGAGGGUUUUUGUAUCCUGAAAAUCCAGGAGGGCAUUGCUUAAGAUAGGCUUGGAAUACUUUGUAAAAUAAGUAACAAGUUCUUUCACUGUUUCUUGUUCAGCUUGGUGGUGGUAUUGAGGAGUCCAGCUCCUUUAGGUUUUCAGACAGUGAUUUUGAUCCUGUUUUCCCCAAGUGACAGUGAAGUCUAAACACACAUUUCACUAUUUUCUUUUAAAUAAACAUUCGGUGAUUCAGUCAUUCAGAUUCAUGGAUUUAAAAAACUUGUAUUUUCUUCAAGGUGUACUCUCUAGAAUGUAAUGUGGUUUGGGAAAGGAAGCACUUCUCUUUUGCUAUAAUCAGAGUGACUCUAGAGAAGUUUUUCUGUAAGGAUUUUAUAAGGUUUGGUAUGAGGAGCUCCUUUUGUGAUGUUGACCCCAGUUCACCACAGUCCACAAACAAAACCUAGGCUUUAAGCCUGAUGAACCUAAUCAGAUUAGCUUGCUAGGUAGCGUGUGGGUGACCCAAAUCUGACCAGUGUCAGCAGAGAGAGUGGAAGUUGAACCACAUUGAACCCAAGCCUGUGGUCAGUGUUGACUUAGAAUUAGGACUGUGUCAUACUUUCGAAUUCACACAUUGCAGUUAUAAAAUUUUAAGAUCAGAUGAGUUCAUAUUUAGUUCUGAUACUUGAUUUUUUCUUACUGUUUUAACAUUUGAGGAUAUAACCGAGUACAGGGUCUUUUGUCUGAAAGAAAGUCCAUGGAGGGAUUCUGUACUUAACACAUGCAGCUUGUCUGUGGUUAGAACCAUUAACCCAGAUGACUUCAGCCGGAUUGUUACGCAGUUACAACUGUUGUAGGUCUGUUUCCCUUUUGGCCAAAUCUGAAUUGGAAAGAAAUGUUAUCUUAGUCCUUGGAACACAGAGGCGCUCAGUUGAGGUGGUUAGGGUAGUGUCGUUAAACUGGUUAUGUAGAUAAGCAGGUCUACCCUUAGAGUUGGCUUUUUUAGGCCCCUUAAUCCAAGACCUUUAAGUCAGGACCAUAAAAAUUAAAAUCUAAAUAACCUGUAUUUAUACUGGAGGCUUUGAGGUUCUGAAAUGUAAAAUGAAAAUAGCCUGCACAGACCAGUUUCUGCAGGUAGGGAGAGGCAAAUCUUUGUCCUGUGACUGUUUGUAAGCAAACCAGGUUAGCUGCCAAAGCUUAGAACUUUGUAGAUGGUAUCGAGAGAGAUUAAGUGAUGUCACUGGUUUGCAGUUCUGUCUGAUGUCUGUCUUUAAAAAUUAAAAAAAAAAAAAAAUCCUCCUUUUUCCUGGUUUAUUUUGAAUGUUUUUCCCAGUCUGCAGGAAUUGUUGGUGGGGAUAGGCUGGAUGCAGGUAUGAGGAACGAGGAGGAAGAAGAAUUUACUACAUUUACUGAUGUCUUUAACUUUCAGUUCUGGUUGUAGAAUGAGAUUCGGGAAGUUGGUGGGUGUGAUUCAGCCCAUCUGCGUUAAGUUCUAACAGAGCUGGAUGGUUCUUACUAGUUUCCAGUGGGGGCAGAGGUGAGUUUCUAAGAUUCAGCCUUAAUGGAUGAUUCACAAAUUGCAGGGUAGACUAUUAAAGUUAAGUCCAAGAUCAAGCAUACAAGUGGGUAGACUGAAUAUAUAAAGGGAGUGUGUGGCUAGAGUCCUUCUCUGACCUUUACCAAAAUGAAUGAGGGAGUCAGUGCUUUGGCCAGGAGGCCAGGGACCAGGAGCUGAGAGACCACAGCCCUUCUCCAGGGCCCUGCGUCCCGGGUCUGCAGAGCAGAGCUUUCCACUGGCUCAGUGAGGAGUGGAGCAAGGAUGGUUUCCCCAAGAUCUCUUCUGGGCCACGAGAGAGUUAACUUAGGUCCGUAAAAAGCUGAUAGGGUACUGGAGCAGAAAAGAAUGGAAGAAUGCCUAAGUUCCGGCAGAUAUUGCCCCUGGAGUCCAGUUUUCAUCAGGAGAAGGAUAGGAUUUGUUCAGAGAAAAGCACAAUGUUUCUCAGCAUCAGCUGCCUACAUUUUGCAUGUGAAAUUAUUUUUUUUAAAUAUGAAAUUUAUUGUCAAAUUGGUUUCCAUACAACACCCAGUGCUCAUCCCAACAGGUGCCCUCCUCAAUACCCAUCACCCACCCACCCCUCCCUCCCACCCCCCAUCAACCCUCAGAUUGUUCUCAGUUUUCAAGAGUCUCUUAUGGUUUGGCUCCCUCCCUCCCUUUCUCUUUUUUUUUUUUCCUUCUCCUUCCCCAUGGCCUUCUGUUAAGUUUCUCAGGAUCCACAUAAGAAUGAAAACAUAUGGUAUCUGUCUUUCUCUGUAUGACUUAUUUCAAUUAGCAUAAUACUUUCCAGUUCCAUUCACGUUGCUACAAAAGGCCAUAUUUCAUUCUUUCUCAUUGCCACGUAGUAUUCCAUUGUGUAUAUAAACCACAAUUGCUUUAUCCAUUCAUCAGUUGAUGGACAUUUAGGCUCUUCCCAUAAUUUGGCUAUCGUUGAGAGUGCUGCUAUAAACAUUGGGGUACAAGUGCCCCUGUGCAUCAGUACUCCUGUAUCCCUUGGGUAAGUUCCUAGCAGUGCUAUUGCUGGGACAUAGGGUAGAUCUAUUUUUAAUUUUUUGAGGAACCUCUACACUGUUUUCCAGAGCAGCUGCACCAGUUUGCAUUCCCACCAACAGUGCAAGAGGGUUCCCGUUUCUCCACAUCCUCUCCAACAUCUGUAGUCUCCUGAUUUGCUCAUUUUGGCCACUCUGACUGGUGUGAGGUGGUAUCUGAGUGUGGUUUUGAUUUGUAUUUCCCUGAUGAGGAGCGACGUUGAGCAUCUUUUCAUGUGCCUGUUGACCAUCUGGAUGUCUUCAGCAUGUGAAAUCUUGAAAAAAAUCUCACUGACAAUGAAAUUCUAAAGUGUACAACUUCUGUGUUUUAAUGCAAGUUUUGACUCUAAAAGAAGGAGCUUUGACAGAAGUAAUAAGUGGUUCAACAACACGUGUUUGACUGCAAGCUGCAGGAAGAGCUUUGCCAGUAAUACAGCAGGUCCCUCCUUGUCCUCAGAGGAUGCAUUUCCAAGACCCCAGGGGCUGCCUGAAACCGUGGCUAGUACUGAUCCCCAUGUAUACUAUGUUUUUUUCCUGUACAGGUAUACUUAUGAUGGAAUAAUUUACAAACUAGGCACAGUAAGAGAUUAGCAACAACUGGUAAGAGAACAGUUGGAAAAGUAUGCUGUAAUAAAAGUUAAAGGUAUGUGGUCUCAGAGUGUCUUUGUGUACCGUACUUACCCUUCUGGUGACGAUGUGAGAUGAUGAACUGCCCACGUGGUGAAAUGAAGUCAGGGGGACGACGCAGAGGCUGUGACGUAGCAUUAGGCUACUGUUGACCUUCUGGGGGUAUGUCAGGAGGAGGGCGCAGUUGACUGUGGGUGGCGGGGGCUGCAGAGAGGGAACCGUGGAUGAAGGGGGACUGCUGUGUGCCUGUCCCUGAAUCGCCCUGUGUAGUACAAGAAUCUAAACAGCCCACACCCAGGACCUGCCAUGGCUCAUCCUAGUCGGGCAUGAGUUGCCUUCAGGUUCCUUUCCUCUGUCGCUGUCUUGGCAGUUGUUUUAUCGUGUUCGUAUUUGCAUUUCUUGCAUUGGGGCCGUUGAUAGAUUUUGAAGUAGUUCUAGUGGUUUUAAGGUCUGUCACACCUCACGGUCGUUUGGAUUUUAGCAUUCUAAAGGUUUCUAACCCAAUAUCUGCCUUUUUUUUUUUUUUUGUAUUUUAUGUUUUUCUACAAAAUGAUGUGAGAGUUAAAACGUAUGAUUAUAUAUGAGUGCUGUUUUUAGUUUGAAAUUUAAAUCCUGCAUGGUCGAAUGGAAUAAACUGUGUUUUUUACAGGUAACUCUAGGCUAUCCCAGCUUGCUUCUGUGUGCACCUCCCUCCCUAUUAAUUUUAAAGGCUGAGAGAAGAAAUAAUGUCGAAUGAAAUAAAAAUAAUUAAAACAAUUUUCCUAAGAAUUUUUAAUUCUGUGACUUAAUAUUCUCUCCACCCCCCCCCCCCCCCCCGUCUUUAAGGAGUGUUUUUCUUUUUUGGGGGAGGAGGGUAAGUAGUUACUGAACCACAUUGAGAAUCUGCCUUUUUUCUUGCAUCAUGGUACUUUGAAGUCUCUGGCAUUUGAACCUGAGUUUGGCACUGGUGUGGAGAGGAAGAGCAUGGUUUUGAAUGUCAUGCGAGUGGGUAGAGUUGUUGACCUCAAUUAAGGUGUGAUCUUGAACUUGAUACUAAUCUUCAGGGUCCCCUCCAGUUCCAGCAGUCACUGACUUCCCUCUCGUUUAUUCACGUUCGAAAAGGAAAAGCCUCUCUCCUUGGAUAUCAGGUUGUAUCUGAAAAUUGUUGACAAAUUAUAUAAAGCAGAGAAGAAAACAAGUUUUUGUUUGUUUUAAAGUCUGUCGAGGAAUAAUUGACACACAUAAUUAGGACACAGGUUUUGAUGUCUUGAAGCUCUACAGUGGUAGAGCUGGAAGGACGGUGUUGACACCGCUACUCAGUGGAGCAGAGGUACCACCCCUGCAGCGGGUUCUUGCGUCCGUCACCGCAGCCCUGGUGGCCCGGGAGUUGCUCCUUCCGGCAGCACCCUGGCAUCUCUGCCGUAGGGAACCACCGUCUCCUUCGGAUUGGCGGGGGAUGCCCGAGCUAGUCUCAGGUAGCUUUUUCCAGAAUUCGUUUUUGUGCAGAGAUUGAUCUAGAAGAUUUUACUUCUAAACAUCUUCCUUCCCAUUUCUGUUUUUGGUUUUUUGGGUUUUGCUUUGUUUUGUGUGGUCUUUUGUUUAACCUGAGUUACUGAUGAUCAUAUUUUUACUCUUUUUAGGUAGAAGUUUUCUGAACUUUCUUUACCUAAAAAGAGAAAUUCAUCUUAAUAUUCUCCAUUUUUCUCCUGUUUCUUCCCAGGGAAGGAGAAAUAUAUUUAUUAUGACAAAAUUUAGCAUAUUUUAGUCCCAUAUGGAAACAUUGGUAAGUGCAGGAGCUACUGUGAGUAGAAAUGGGACAUUGGACUGGAAAAUGAAAAUUCCCCCCAAAAUGAGUGGGAAGCAGUUAAAUGUGGGGGCAUUAGCCAUGUUUUUUUUUUUCUUCAAUAAAUCCUUUUAGUUUAUUAAUAUCUAAUUCAAUAAAACUCUGAUUUUAAAGACCUCGUGCACCUUUUAUGACCUUUCAUUGAACCACUUUACUUUUGAUGUUCUCUGUUGUGACAAAAUUGUGUUUCCAUUAUUGAUGAAAUGGGAGCAGACUUUUUGUCUGUUGGUGUUAUCUUUGUGGUGUAGGUCUCGGGAGAAGAUCUGGUUUGGUGGUAAAGUAACAUUUUGGUAACAUCUCGGUAAUGAAAUGCGAUUUAGCUGGGUAUCUUUAAACCUGGCAUCCAUGUCCCUGGGUGGAAUCUUCCCACGAGAUCUACCUUUGGCCGAGCCACCCUGCUGUGUUGUGCCCUGGACCAAGAUUGAACACUGCUGCAUCUCGUCCAGGCCUCUCUCAGGCUGACUGUAGGACCCCCAUCCACAAUGCCCUUGUGGCCUUCCUCUUUCCAAAGCACUGGAGCUCAUGCAGAGGACAGCGUAGAGAGCUGCUGUGCCUUCCAGUGUCCCAACUGUGGGGGUCAGUUGGCCUUUUGGUUUUGGUGAAUCCUGCUUGAUCAUCAGGCUCCCUGGCGUUUUCCACAGUUUCUGUGACAGGUGGGCACUGUCCUGUAUGUCCUAUGGGUCAUUUUGUACUCAUGCUCAUCCUGGCUGUGUGUGCUGUAGCUUCUGUCAUUGCUGUAAGUUCAACUUUAUCAAUAAAAAGAAUGUCUCACAUUGGAUGACAGAUGGCUGUGUGGUAUGGUUUGUGGGAUGGAGUCUGAUGUUCCAUUUCGUGUUCUGUACAUGGAAUGGUCUCCUCUUCCUGGUUCUUUCUAAACGUGGCCAUCUGACUCUGGUGGAGUCAGGUGGAAGCCCUCGGAGUUCCAUGAUGACUUCAUAGAGGAGCUACUUUGGACUCAGGGACAGCUGCCAAGAUGUCUCAGUUGAAAUGGAAGUCGAAAACCAAUAUACCUCUGUCAAAAAUAGCCAGCAAGGUUACCUGGGGAGAACAAAUUGGGUCAGGUGGCUACUCCAUCCUCUCUUCGUUUCCAGGCGUGUGCCGUGCCCCACCCCGCCACUUGCCCUAGAACAGGUCAAAGCCAGUGUCUUCUGAGGACUUAAGAGAGAACUCUCAGUCUCAAAAGGUAAGAAGACCAUCAGAGGUUGAUAAAGGGGAGGGGUGUUCCAGAACCGCCCAGACAUUGCUCAUCAGCACAGAGGUCUACCAGUUACCGAUCUCGGCACCAGGGUAGCAAACUCCGAUAUUCACAAGGCCAUGUAGGUAACUUACCUGGCCACUGCUGCAGGCUUGUUUUCCCUUUUAAAAGGGUUGUAUUGGCCAAAUGCAACAGAUCUGAGGCUACCAAUUCAGGCUCUAUAUGGACUAUCCUUCCUUUUGUCCAGCCAAGUUGUGGCAACGGUGGAAUAGGCCGUACAAAUUACUAUCAAGCCAGAUAAGUAUUUAGCAUCUAUUGUAUGCUUGGGGCUGGGGAAUAGGGAGAUAAUUAGUACGAAUUAAGAUUAAAUUAAGAUAAAUUAAAUAGGCCCUUGCCUUCAAAGAGCUCACUGUGAGACAGGAGUAAUAAUAGGAGCUGUCAUUUCUUGUGUAACUACAGUUUGCUGAGCCUUCCAAGACGUUUGGGGGCCGUUUAGAUCUCACCACAGCCCUGCACGUUGGGCACUGCAGAUCCGUUUUGCUGAUGAGAGGUGUGUGGCUCAGAGAAGUGAUGUGAUCUGCCUGAGAUAAAUUAGCUGGGAAGUGGAGAGUCAGGCAGAAUUUGAACCCAGAGCUCUGGGACGCUACAGCCGUGUGUUUCCCAUCACACCUUGCUGUCUGCAUGGUCAGACAGACAGACAUGCAAAGCAUCAUGCAUGCAUGGCAGAGAGGAACAGUUUGGGAGCGUGGAGGUGGCAGUGAUGAAUGUCACCUGAAAGCUGUGGAAAAACUCCUUGGAAGAGGUGUCAUUUGAGCCAGGCUUUGAACAAUGAGUAGGAGUUCAUAUCCAGGGGAGAUGGUCUGCGUUGCAUAGAGGGAACAUGUGAGUAAAAGUAGAUUGUUUGUUGUGUCUGGGGAUGGUGGGAAGCAGUUGGUGUGCCUGGACCAUGGUGUGUGCAUCGAAACUAGAAAGACCGGUCAGGGCUACAAUGCAAAGGGCUUUGAAUGGCACACUCAGCAGAGGGUGGUGGUAGUGGUUGCCUGGAAAGUGUCAGAGCCAGGAGUAAAGUCAUAAUCAGCUCUGCCUUCCAGAAAGACGACUGAUGCCAGUGUUGGCAGGUGGAUUGGAAAGGAAGGCCAAACUCUUGUCCCAGUUAGGGGACAUCCUUGUACUUGUCCCAGCACAAGGCCAGUGUCUGGGAUAAGCCAGGGAUGUGGGGGAGGAGGACUUAGGUGUAGGAGAAGAAUCACAGUAAGAACGGGGGACAGUACAAACGUAUAGGAGAAGGGACGAGCCAAAGAUAGUGCUGAGAUAUCUAAUAUAGGGCCUGUGUGGCUGUAGGAGUAUUAACGAGCUCAUUGGUUGGGCUCCACGAAAACAGGUCUUUUACUCUGUUCGCUCGUGUUUCCAGGUGCCUGGCACUCAACAAAUGUGUGUAGACCAUGAGGGAAUGAAUGGAAUUACACAGGAGGAUGAGCACGUUUGCUCGUUUGGUAGGGUUGGUGUAGGGAGAAUGAGCCAUCUAAUUUACACCUUGUCUUUUGGCUUUUUGAACCAAACCAGGCUUCUUGAAAGCCCAAGACCCAAAACAGUGCAUUUCAGUGAACAACACACACUCAGCGGUUAAUUGUCCACUCUUGGAGUCUUUUGGGGGAAACGGCCUUUGAUGACCUAAGCCUUUUGUGACCUGAAGCAUUGGGCUAGCUUGUCAAAAUGAGUCCUGCAGAGAAGAGGCAUUCAUUGUUGAGGACUGAAGGGGUGGGAUCAGCUAUGUGGGGACUUGGGGAAGCAAGUGGGAGGAGGAAGCUGAAGGCCCCCCAUCAGGGGUGUCUGCUAGAGCCCUGGUGUGCGUGCAGACGAUCUGAUCUGACCCUGACCCAGGCAGGUGUCUGGGAUGCUCAGGACCAAAUCAAAUUGGCUGGGGCAGAUGCAGCUGGAUUCCUCGAGGUCUUGAAUUCUGAGCACUGAAGAUUGAAACAAUAUAGUCACUGAACAGAAGCGUUACAAAUUGGAGUCCUGGUAUGAGUGAAGUGAGAGACCUGGCUCUGUCCACUAACCCCGCCGAGCCUCAGUCAUGGCAUCUGCAAAACGGAAACAGUAGUGAACUCCCCAAAGUCAGGAGAGGCAAUCUAGAUCUUUCUUGGUCUUCUUAGGUCUAAAGUGGUUAGGAUUUAUUUGACGGCCUCACUAUAACCCUUCAUACCCUGUCCUUCCCCAGAGUCUCUCUUUCAAUAUGAUGUGCUUAGAAAUGUUCAGCUCAGGAGAUCAACCUUCUCAGUCCCUGGUUCUUGUAGUCAUGUUUGUUCCAGGCACCCGCCCCAGGUGGAUUCCAGAAGAGCGAGGAGGUUCUUAGCUUCCCAGCGUCAUCCAUCACUCUUAGCCAACGUGAGUCUCAACUGUUUACCCAGCUACCCAUGGCCAAGAUGGAGAAGGUGUUUGAGGAGGAUGUUGACUCAACCGGAGCCCUGGGCGUGAAGGCUUUCAUUAAGGCCACGAAGAAGAUUCUGAGCAGUGUGUCGGAUGAGAUGCUGGAGGCGCUGUUUUUGAAGGUGGACACAGACUGUAAUGGCUCCAUCACCUGGAUUCCAGAACAGCUCAGUUGGCUUGGCUACUCUCCUUGGCCACCCUCGGGAAGCAUCAACCAGAGCCCCUUGGAAGGGGCUGGUAAAGACGGGGGAGGAACCGGAAGCCGGGUGUGGGUUCCCGAAGCCCAGUACGCCGAGCCUUUGGCCAGCGCUGUCCUGCCUUCGUUUCUUCCCGAGGCAGCAGAAGUACGUGGAUUACGUGAUGCGUGAGUUCCAGAGAAAGGAGAUGAUGAGGACAAGCCAGUACCACCUGCGCUUCCACCUCCCCAUGAGAAUCAUCCCCCUGAACCAUGGAUGUGAGAUUGUGAAGGUGCAGAUUUUAAUCCAGCAGUUCAAGAAGAUUGGGCAUCUCCUGACUGUCACCAAGGACGGGAUCUUGCAGAUCUGGUCUGAGACCUUCUCGCUGAUUAACUCCUUUAGGCUUAACCAGAUCCAGCAGCCCCACCACCAGCAGAUGUGGGUCAUCGACAUGGUCUGUCUCCACAACAUGAACCUGAUAGCGAUUGCAUCUACCGACCAGAAGAUAGAGUUCUUUGAUAUCAGCAACCACAACUGUGCCCGGGCCUUCACCUUCACUGAUCUGGACAGUUGUGUCCUGACCAUAGACUACUGGUCUGACUGUCACAGAGGUGUGUUCUGCUAUGGGGACACCAAAGGCAAUGUCAUCGUCUUCACCUCCAGCAAUGUGACCCACGGGCUGUUCAACCCCCGAAUCCUCCCCAGGACCUCCAAAUGGGAUCACUGGACCAACGUUUCCGCACGGAAGCUCCUAAAUGAAAAGUCCCCUCUGUAUAGAAGUUACUGGCUCAAAGCUCUUCAUCCCAACUGGUGCCAGCAGGUCAAGUUCAUCCCCCAGCUGAACAUGGUGGCCUCCUGCUCAGCCAUUGAGAAGUCCUCUCUGGUGCUGACCUUAUUGCCGUCCAAAGGUCUAGAGAGCCCCAAGUUUUCAGUGCUGAACUUAAGAAAAGGGAUUCUUUGCUUUGAUUACUGCCCAGACAAGAACUUGGUGGUGACUGGCGGCUAUGACCCCCUCAUCCGCCUGUGGAACCCCUUCUUCUCAAAAAGGCCCAUGUGGCUGAUGAAGGGGCAUCAGACCUCCGUGACGCACAUCCUCAUGAACAGCAAGAACAGCAGCAUCCUCUUCAGCAUCUCCAAGGACAAGAAUAUCCGCGUGUGGGACAUGCAAGACUACAUAUGCCUUCAGUCCUUUUGUGGGAAGCUCUUUGCCCUGGGCAACUGCCCCAUCACCAGCGCCUACUUCCACGAGAACGAAGACAGCCUCGUCUGCACGACCUACUCAAUUGGGAUCCUAAAAGGCUACUUGGAGACCAAGGGGCCUGGGAAAGCAGGGGAGAAGACCUCGACUUACAGCACACCCCUGUGCGCCAUCCUCUACAGUAAGAUUUUUAAGCAGGUAGUGAGCGGCUGCCUGAGCAGCUUGGUGACAGUGUGGGAGAUCACGACGGGCAGGAGGAUGAUGGAGUUCUGUGUGACUGGGGACCAGCACGUGGAGCUGACCACCAUGUGCCUGGAUGAAUCAGAGCGGCGCCUGCUUACGGGUUUGUGCGACGGCACCAUAAAGAUGUGGAACUAUGCCGUUGGCGAAUGCCUGCUGACCUUCCCCAACCCGGACCAGCUGGAGGUUAGCGGGAUUGUCCACAUGAACAAGGUGUUCUACGUGACAGGAUGGAGUAAGAGAAUCACUUGUUUCACGCUCCACGAGACCAAGCCGAUGCUUCGGUGCCACCACUGGCAGAACUUCCACAAGGAAGAUGUCCUGAGCAUGGCCAAGUACCAGAACCAGUUCCUCGGGACCUCCUCCUACAACGGGGACGUCCUCCUCUGGAACGCCAACCUGUUCAAGCCCAUCCUCAAUUUCAACGCCUCUAAGAGCCCCUUGCCUUUGCUGCCCAAGAAGAUCCAAGAAGUGGACAACUCCCCGGCAGAGGGUUUCAGGUCCAGCAGGACCUAUGCGGAGCCCAAGAAGUGGGCACACAAAGCCCCCACACAGCCCCUGGACCCCAGGGCCAAGACUGCGGCCAACGCCCACCUACGGCGGAACGUGAUGUCAGCUCCCCCAGUGAUGAAACGCCCCAGAGACAGGGAGCCAGAGAGGCCCGUGGCCCUGCAGAAACCUCUCAGUGCUGAAAGCCCUAAGCUGUUUAGAAUACCCUAUGGCAGACAGUCAGUUCUCAGAGAUGCUCAAAGGAGAGGAGGGGAGUUCCAGAAGAAGGUUCUGCUGCAAUCCAAUGCAUCGGUGGAGAAGAUCAUCUUCCUGCAGACCAGGCCUCGCCUGCCACACAUAGCCACCCUGCUGAGCAGCUGCGUGGAUGGCCACAUCUAUGCCUGGUCCAUCCAUGGAGGCGGAGGUCUGCUCGGGAAGUUCCCUGUGGACUUCGAAGACAAGGGGGAUGUGGUUGUGGGCGCCAUGGCCACUGAUGAAAAAGACUUGAUCCUCGUCACAGGGGAUUGUAAAGGAUACAUCAAGAUCUGGGACAUCAAAGAUUAUUGCACAUUCAGUGACAAGUGUCCACUUCAACCCAAUGGAACAAGCAAGUUCCAGUUCUUAAUUCCUGAACGGGUCCAGAUCAACCUUCCACACUACAUCCCCUUGAAGGAGAAGGAGGUUGUGGCUGGCCAGACCAUUUCCUUGGUUCCUCCCAAGCUUCUGAAUACCUGGAAGGACCAUUUGGACAGUGUGGCAGACAUCCUGUAUGUAGAUACCUUCCAGCUGGUUAUCAGUGCUGGCCAGGACUGUAAUGUCAAGGCUCGGAAACUCUCCGGUGACACCGUUGGGACGUUCGGCCUGAGUGUCUGGAAAAGGCUGCGGGAUAUUCAGAUGGUUGGUGAUCCUGAACUGAGAAGAAACUCAAAGGAGGAGGAUGACACUGUAGUUGCUGCCCAGAAGGCCUUCCAUUCAGAGCUGCAGGAGGAGCGGGCUCUGGCCGAGGCCCUGGUGUACCAGCGGCAGGAGGAGGCGGCACUCGUGGCUCUCCUGAAUGGGAAGCCAGACACGGAGGCUGAAGCUUGGGCCAACCUGCAGAAGAUAACCCAGACGUCCCCGUGGGCUGGAGAGCGCUCCCAGGAAGACGUUGAGAGCAGCUGGUGCAAGUGGGAGUCCAAGGGCAAGCAGGAGAGCAAAGUUGUGGGAGCCGCGUACAAGCCUAAGGACCGGUCACGGAGUCCUGGACUCCGGUCCACCAACGUGCAGUAUGGCUGGAUGAAGUACCAGAUUUCACCUCAGAUCUACCAAAGCCUGCACUUCAACAACCUGUCGCCCACCCACACGUCUGACCUCGUGUUGCACACCGUCCUGGGGCAGCAGGGCCAGCGCACCCACCCGGUGACCCACAACCGCCAGAAGGACCCGGAUGCUGACAGGGAGACCGUGCCCAACACCACGACCAGCUCGCCCACUGCCUCCCUCUCUCCCAGCGACUCCCUCUCCUGGACAGCCUCAGGCUCCAGGUUCCUGGAGUCUGGCCUGUCCACCUCCCCGUACCUCCAGUCCUCCCCCUCGGUCUUGUCCCAGGCAUCCAGGUACAUCGUGCAGAGGUCGGCCACCCCCAUGCCUGUUGCCUCGUCCGUCAAGCAGCUCUCAAGACCCCCGAAUACCACCCUUCUGUCCUCCAUGAAAAGUUCCCGCAUCGGGUUCUGAGGUGGCCCCCCGUGUCUCCAGUCAUCCAGCACAGUGACCAGGCCCAUGGGGGUCCUGUCUGUCCCUGGCUCACCCCUGCCAGGCCCAGAGGAUACAGACCUCCUUCUAUUGACCUCCUUCUUCACUAGAGUCCUGGAGAAGAAAAUAAAUAUUUGCAGAUAUCAGAGGCCCCCAGGCCGGGAGGUCAGGCUGUGUGUCCCUUUACCCCCUUAAGCGCCAGGCUGUCUUGGAGAUUGGCCGCGUUCCCCUGAUGAGGCCCUGGCUGGAUGCAGGGAGAAUCCCCUCCCCCGAGACACCUGGCCCAGCUGUCCAGCAGGUGAAGCAUAGGGACAGGGCCUCGGAGGCUCCCUGGUGUUGUGGUCAGUGGGUCAUGCCACUAGGGUGAGCGGUUUGCAUCUGAAAGUUGGUUCAGCCUCAUGGCUGGAGUGAGGCCCUGCAGCCAUCCGGAGGUGGUUUGUCUCCUGCCCUGCCUUGUGCCUGUUCUCCCCCACCACCAGGCACUCCACCCCAGGGAACUCUGUGUUUACAAACUGUCCUGCCCCUCAAGGAUGGUGGAGGGGCAUCCUGGCCUGGCUCUGUGACUGUCCCUUUGGACCCAGGUUUUUCUGAACCAAAGCCCCUUGACCCUUCUGCUGUGUGCUGCUCUGGGCGGCGUCUUGGGUGGAGAACUCAGGGCGGUGGUAAAAGCCGUGGCAGGGUCAAGGCCUCUGCCCAGAGGUGGAGGGAAGGACAUGGGGGGAGGAGGGUAGUGAGGGGUAAGGAUGGGAUGUGGCAAUUACCAGGCCUCGGGGAAUUUUCUUAAAGGCCUGUGCACAGCCCUCACCUGGAGGGAGGUUCUCUCGGACCUCAGAUCCUGACUUAGGGGCCAUCUGGCUGGACACUAGGGGUCAGGACAGGUCAACCUCAGGGGAAGACUUCCGCGAGACUCUGGGACUCGGUGAAUCCUCCUCUCAGUAGGACCCAGCCCCUUACAACAACAUUUUACUGCCUUUGCCCACGUGUUUCAUUGUAGGCACUUAAGAAAAUAAUAGUCUGAGUCUCCACUCCUGCCCUAGCUGCUGCUGCCCGUGGGGAUUUGUCUCUGGCCGUGGGGGCUUGCUGGCCACCCCUCCAACCGGCAGGCACCCACGAUACAGAACCCCAGGCCCAGAAGGCAUGGCGGGGCUGAGUUCUACCUACGGUGAUGUGAGUGAUGUUUUGUCUCUCCUGCUGUUCCCACCCUGCCUCUCCUGGCCCAAACCCCAGGUGGGAUAUGGGACAGAUAAUUCUAGAGCAUCGGGGUCAGAUGGAGCUUAGAGCCCAGAUGGAGAACUGGAGGCCGGUGUCACACUGGAGUUGGUGAGUGAGGAAGCUGGGUUGGUGGCCCAGUGUCCUGUCUCCUGGUCAUCUGUGCUUCCCUGAGCGCCCCUCUUCACCUCCCUAGGCCCAGGUGUCUACACAGCCACACCAGUCUCCUCUCUGCCUGUUCUCUGCCUUCUGUAUCACUGGCCUUAAAAAACUACUUAUAUUUAGCUCUCCUCUGAUUCUAAAAGUAGCAGAGGCUGAGUAUAGAAAAAUCAAGAAACUACCGAAAAGCAUAAGAGCCAAUAAAAACCAUCUGGAUUCUAUUUCCCAGAGAUCAGUUUGGCGCAUUUUCCUCUAGAUGUUUUUCUGUCUUUACGCACACGUGUGCCCUCACAGCCUCGAUUCCCACUCACUCCCUCCUCAUAUGCUCACACCCACACGGCCCGUAACCUUGGCAUCCCGGCUUUGAAUGCAGCCUUUCUCACAGGAUGAGCAAAUGACAUCGCUGUGUUGCUGUAAUUCCUCGCGACCCUCGCCAGUGAUGGCUGCAUUCAGCCCUGCUCUGGGUCGCUUUCUUCAGGAUCUAGGGCUACCUCCACACUGCUCUUGAAAGAGGCAGGAAGGCACGUGCCUCCUGUGCGCCCCCUCACGAUGUACCGCUAACAGUCCGACAAAGGAACAGACAUUUGUCUCCAGUGGAACAGAAACGUUUUCCCGGGCCCGGCUGGCCUGAGGGGUCAUGACCUCAAUGGCAGACUGAGGGUGGGCGUCCUUCCACCAGCAGAUGGGGCACGAGAGAGCACCGAGGGGCUUGGAGACAGCCUUGCCCUCAGAAAAGCCAUCCUUGACCUUGUUUUCCGGCAUCGCUUCCCUGUUUCACACUUGUUCAACACUUACUGAGCACCUGCGGUGUGCCAGGUACUGCCCUGAACACCGGGGACACCAGAAUGAGGAAUGCUCAGCCUCGGCCUACUGGGGACACAGACCACGCCUGUGUAGCGUGGAUGCACCUUCUCAUUAGUG